GGCACGGCGCCGGGCUCCACGCAGUUCCGCUGCUGGUACUUCGAGGUGGCCGUGGAGCGCGCCCAGCCCUUCGUCACGGCCGUGCCCACCCACCUGCGCGUGGGCUGGGGGGCUGCGGGGGGCUUCCGGCCCGCCCCGGGGGGCGGCGCGGGCUGGGGGGGCAACGGCGCCGGCGACGACCUCAACUCCUUCGCCUUCGACGGCCUCCACCUGUGGACAGGUGAGCAGGGG